CCCCCGGGCAGGAGGGGCGGAGCCGCCGCGGCCCGAUCGGGAUCGCGACCGGUACCGGGAUGGGGAUCGAGUCCGGACCCGGUCCCGGCCGCAACGCGGGGUCAUGGCAAGACAUGUCGGCGCAGGCGCUGGAGGAUCAGUACUCGCCGAGCCGCUGGUCCCCCCGCCUGGACCCGGACACCGUCAUCGAGGCGCACCUCGCCGGGACGGCGGCAGGAACCCAACGGGCCCGGGCCAGCGGCCAGACCUCGCUGCAUGUUCCGUACGGCGCCGGGGCGCGGGAGCAGCUGGACAUCUAUUUCCCCACCGACCCCACUGGCACCUUCCCGCUCCUGGUCUAUAUCCACGGCGGAUACUGGCAGUGCUUGAGUAAAGAUGAGUCGGGGUUCGCAGCCCCCCCACUGGUGUCACGGGGUGUGGCGGUUGUGGCAGUGGGCUAUGACAUAGCCCCUGAAGGCCACAUGGACGUCAUGGUGCAGCAGGUGCGGCGCAGCCUGGCCUUCCUGGUGCAGAAGUACCCCAGCACCAGGGGCAUUUACCUGUGUGGACACUCAGCGGGGGCCCACCUGGCAGCCAUGGUGUUGUCCACAGACUGGACAGAGUACGGAGUGACACCGAACAUCAAAGGAGCUGUGCUGGUGAGUGGCGUGUAUGACCUGGAGCCCAUCCUGCGCACCUAUGUCAACGAUGCGCUGGGCAUGACAUGGGAGGUGGCCCAGAGGAACAGCCCCAUGCUGCGCGUGGCCCCUGCAGCACCCGCAGCUGCUGCCUGCCAGGUGCUGGUGGUCGUGGCCCAGCACGACUCCCCGGAGUUCCGCCGGCAGUCGCAGGAGUACGGCCAGGCCCUGCGUGCAGCUGGCUGGUCAGUCUCUCUGCUGGAUAUCGCUGGUGUGGAUCACUUUGAUGUCAUUGAGAAGCUGUCGGAGGAGAACUAUGUCCUCACCCAGGUGAUUCUGAACAUGAUUUCAAGAGCUUGAUGGCAAGUUGGGAGCAAACGAAGGUGGGAACCACAGCCCUGUGUGCCAGUGCCAGGCUGCCUGGGCACACCCUGCCCUCCUCCAGCCAGGACAGCAGCUUAUAAUAGAUUCUCGCCGGGGCAUUCCUGCCCAUCUGGAGCUCAGGGCUGGCAGGCCUGCAGGCUGGUCUGGACAACAGGGUGAUGAUGUCUGUUCUCUCAGUUUCCUUUAAACUGCUUACUGCCAAUACAAAAUAAAAUAUCAGUAAUGGC